CAAUUGCCCAUAAAUUUAUUCCUGCGAUGGUCAAAUUUUCUGCACAUGGCACCGAUCGUAUAACGACAAUUACUAAUUGGGCUAAAGACAGAUUUGUAUUUAAUGGCAUCUUUUUAGGACCACCCUCGGAACUUGAUAAAGAAUUGAGUGAAUGGCUAUCCGCGGCUCCUGGUUAUACAGUUGUGACAAAAGAAUCACGAACAUUAUUUGAUUCCGUAUUUUAUUUUUCUGGUGAAGAAACUAUUCAAGCUGUCAUGAACCCUGUACUAGCACCAUAUGCCUUCAAAGCUAAAUCCUUUUUGAUCGGUCCAGAAGGCUUAUCCGAUGAAGGAAUCGCUUUUAUGGACGAAUUUCUGAAAACAGUUAAUCCGGAUUGUGAUAUUUUUUCUCUGAUGGAUAUUUUUAACGGUGCUGUUGGCCGGAUCCCUAAACGUGCUACUGCAUUUGUUCAUCGCGAUGUAGCAUUCGGUAUCCAAAUGUUGUCACAGUGGAAAAAACCUGAUAUUGCUGAAGAGUGCAAAAAUGCCGUAAAUUCUUUUGGUAUAGAAUUCCAAGCGCGUUAUGCAUCACCAUAUAGUUAUCAGAAUUAUAUCGAUUCUGAUUUGCCGAACUAUUUGUAUGCGUAUUAUGGUGAAAAUCUGGAAAGAUUAGUAGCGAUAAAGAAUAUAUAUGAUCCUGAGAAUUUGUUUAAUUUUCCUCAAAGCAUCCCAACUAAAUUGUAA